UAGUUUUAUUUUUAAAAAAUGAGAAUUUCCAGGAUGGAGAGAAAGAGAGAGAGGAUCUAGCAAAACUGAAUUUGCGCGUUAAAAGAGGAGACGGGGAAGCAGAUUUCAGUUUUAUCCGUUUGGAGAGAGAGAGAGUCUAUAAAAUAUGUAUUUAUUGGUGUUGGUUUUGUCAUGAUCGUGGGAUGCACGUGUGUCUAGCUGGAAGUAUUCUUAAAAGGUGGCUGUUUACUUUUGUCUCAAGAAUUCUAGAUUGGUUAUAGUUUGAAUUAUAGCCUUGCAAGGAAAUGGCGGAUUCUGGCCGUCCUGAUGACAGAGGCGAGGUGAGAAUUCAUGAUAGUCUGGAUGAACUUGCCACAGAAUUGGUUGAUUAUAUUGCAGAAUUAUCUGAGAUGUCUGUAAAGGAGCGGGGAUUUUUCGCCAUUGCCUUAUCUGGCGGAUCUCUCAUCAGCUUGUUGGGGAAACUCUGUGAAGCUCCGUAUAAUAGGACUGUGGAUUGGGCAAAAUGGCAUAUAUUUUGGGUUGAUGAGCGUGUAGUGGCGAAGAAUCACACAGACAGCAAUUAUAAGCUAGCGAAGGAUGGCCUUCUUUCAAAGGUACCAGUGGUCCCUGGCCAUGUGUACUCUAUCAACGACAACGUCUCAGCGGAGGAGGCGGCAAGUGAGUACGAGUUCGUCCUCCGCCAGCUGGUGAGGAGCCGCACAGUCAGCGUGUCUGAGAGCAGCGACUGCCCCAAGUUUGACCUGAUCCUACUCGGCAUGGGGCCUGACGGGCAUGUGGCGUCGCUCUUCCCACACCAUGCGGCACUCAGUGAGAAGGAUGAGUGGGUCACGUUCAUCACUGACUCCCCCAAGCCCCCACCAGAGAGGAUCACCUUCACACUCCCCGUGAUCAACUCAGCAUCCAAUGUGGCUGUGGUGGUGACGGGCAGCAGCAAAGCGGAAGCCAUCCAUCUGGCAAUCGAUGAUGUGGCUAGUGACUGUGCAUUGCCGGCGCGGAUGGUGCGGCCCGCCAACGGGAAGCUGGUGUGGUUUUUGGACAGGUCAGCUGCCUCAAAGCUGGCUGUUUCUCAGCCUGAUGAGUGAGUGGGCCACACUCACUUGGUUUUGUUAAUGAGUGUGUAUGUAGUUGAGGUGGGGACUUUGGUACCAUUUGAUGCCUUUUCUGGUCCUUUUUCUUUGACACAAUAUGAUGUCUUUGUUUCACUUUUUGGGGUGUUUGGGGAAUCUGAUUGUCCUCGUCUUCUUUUUCUUUUUUUUCUUUUGAUGAAUAAGUGGCCCACCUAGACAGGUUUGAAAGGCCUUUUUGUGGUUUGGGGUCUCUUUCAGGGAGGGUGGGAUGUGAAGAAAAUAGCAAGUGUGAUGAGAAAUCUGUAGUGGGGGGUAUUGGGUUUUCUUUCUUCAAAUGUUUUCUUGGCUAGUGGAAAUCAUUUUCAUGAAGUACAACAGCAGUGGUUUGUUCA